UAGUAUUAAUAACUGUAUAGUCAUGUCUUCAAAUUGAUUGUAAUUAUCAUAUGUUAUGUCAACUAUGGCUUCAAUAGAUGACAAUCAAGUGACCAAAAGAUGUGAUGAAAUGGAUUUAAAUCAUUAUUGUUUUGCUAUUGAUUUGAGAAGUAUUGUUGCAAUUGAUGUCAAUGUGGGACCAAUCAAAUCAAGUUAUCUUCAGUUUUGUUAUCCAUUUUUUGGAUACACUGACAACAUUAAGACAUUUCCGUCCAUUACUGUCACCGUCAAUGAAGACACUGUUAUACCUCAUGGCUUCUGUGCCUUCAACUUUGCCACGACUGACAAAAAACUGAAGAAGACUUUUAAAGAAGUUCCACUUAUUAUUGAAAUGAUUGAAGAAACAACUAUUAAGACAAUUGUGGGAACCGCUAAAAUAGAUCUAUUCUCUGUAUAUGAAGCACAACCUAACAGAGCGGAUGACAAGAAAGUGGUCAACACAGUAGUUCCGGUGAUGUCUGAACAAAACAAAACAAUAGCUCAGAUACAGAUCAUAAUGUUUUUGCAAAAUUGUGGUAAAACAAAGAUACCUCUUAUGCCUGAUUUGCCAGACAUUAGUGUCAUGAAGAGUACUGUCAAAGAAAAUACAAUCGAAAACAUCGAUAAUUUGGACCAUUUGUUGACUGAAACGGCUUUAGAAAUAGAGUUAUGGAAAGAAAAACAAAUGAUUUUAUUUAGAGAAAGACUUAAACAAAAUGAAGAAGAAUUCAAUAAGAAAUUAGAAGAAAAACUUAUCAAAGAAGAGAAAGAAAUUAAAGUUAAGUUUAAAGAAUUGACAGAACUUGAGAAUAAAUUCUUGAAAUCUUUAGAGGAGUUGAAGAUUAGGGAACAGAAGAUCAGUUAUAAAGAAAGUCAAAUUGAUUUGAAACAAAAAGAAAUAAAUCUUAAAUUUGAAAAUUUAAACGAAGAAAUAUCUCAAGUCAUGAAUGAUCUCAAAGACAAUUACGAACAGAGAAUGACUUCUGAAAGAAAUAAAUGUAAAGAACAGGAAUCAGGAAAAUGGAAAAUACAAGAAAAAGUGUAUUUUCUUGAAAGAAAACUUAAAGAAAAAGAUAAUAUAAUUAAAGAAUUAGAAGAAAAAAUUAAUCAAAAAGAAAAAUCAAUUCAUACAAGAAGUAAUAAUUUACAAACAAAUUCUUUAGUUAGGACGACAUCUUUACCGCGAAAUACAACACCGAAAACAGUUUUAGUCACCAGAGAACCAUCAUUUGAUUCGAUAGCAAAAAAUAUCAAAACUCUUAAAACAAGCAAAAGAGAUAUAUUUACGAAAACUUCUACACCUAUGAGGUCUAAGGCACCGAUUUUUACUAACAAUAGAUCGAAAAAUAUCUCGAAUACUAAAGUUCUGACAAAAGUGGAAAAUCUUGAAAAAUCUAAAUUAAUUGAAGCGAUUAAACAAAAGAGAAAUGACUUAAUUUCACGAGGAGUUCAUAUCAAUGAUCCGAUUAUUCAAGAAAUUGAUUCCAAACUUAAUUAUGUCUAAACAAGUGUUAAUAUUUUUUGUAUAUAUAACUUAACUAUAAUUUAUUUUCUAUUAUAUCUAUAC